GGGGGCGGCCGGGCUGCGCUGCGCUGCGCUCCGCCCCGCCGUGCGGGGGUGUCUGGGCGCCCGGGAGCAGCACGGCUGCUGCAGUGCCGCGGCGGCCGAGCGGAGCGCAGCGCCGGAGCCGAGGGUGCCCGGGGGGCUCCUCGGAGGGAGGAGAGGAGGAGGGCGCGGGGUCGCGGGUGCCCACGGCACCGAGAAGCGGAGACGCGCCCGGGAGCGGGAGCAUGUCGCUGCAGAGCCCGGCGGCUGCCGCCGAGCUGUCCCCCGGCCCCGGCGAGGGGCAUCCGCCGGGCGCGGAGCUGAGCCAGGGCAGCGCCGCCGCCCCGGCAGCCGAGGAGGGCGGCGAGGAGGAGGAAGAAGAGGAAGAAGGGGAGAAGGAAAAGGAAAAACAAAAAGAAAAGGAAAAGGAAAAACAAAAAGAAAAGGAAAAGGAGGGAGAGAUACUGCCGCCCAUCCCGUCGGCGUCCACCGCGGCGGCCGGGGGGUUGGAGGAAGGAGCCAAAAAUCAGUUUUCCACUUUCAGCAAUUUCAUCACUACUAUCAACCAAAAGAAAGAAGGCAUCGGAAACAGAAAUUCGCCUACACAACUUGUUAUACCCAACAUCAAAAACGGGAGAGACCUGCCACCUCUUUGCCUCGAUGUACGGCAGAAGCAGCGCAUGUCUAUAGAUACCUUACCCCAAGAACUGAAAGCACCAUUUCCUCCUGAGCCUUCCCUUCCAAUUCGAACCAAAACUGUGAAAGAUUUUCAGGAUGAUAUGGAAAAGUCGAAGGCAUCGGGAGAUUGGAAAGCUGUACAUAAUUUUUAUUCUACAACUUUUGAUUCUUUCUUGGAGAUAAAUGCUGCAUUUAAGAAAGAUAGUUCUCCAUUUAAUACCAUUGAGGAUUCUGGAAUCGAUGCAAAAUUUGUGAAUGUUGUCUAUGAUGCCUUAUUAAAUACUCCUCAAGAUGUUCAGAAGUCAGUCCUAAAAGGAAUAAUUAAUGGUCUACUACAAGAAUGGACAGGGCCACGAACAAAAGAUGAUCUUAGAGCAUAUUGUAUACUUUUACAGAAUCCUCAAUUUAGUAACACUUCUACUUAUGUCAUCUAUGCUCACUUGCUAAGACAGAUAGCAGCCUUAACAGAAGCUGACCAUCAUUUCCUAGUGCACUGGUCUAAAAAGAUUUCACAGAAGAGGUUCAAGCAGGUGGUGGACAGGUUACUGCAAUUUAUUUCUUUACGGCUGUUUCCUGCAAAACCUGAAGAGUUUCCACCUAUGGUGAAAUGUACCUGGUGGAUUCCAUCAGCAACAAAAGUCCUGGCUUUAUUUAAUGCUGCAAAUAGUCUGAUUAGCCCUCCUAUAAUUUCAUAUACAGAUUUCUAUAAUUCUACACUUGAUCAUAUUGAUCUUAUGGAAGAAUAUCAUAACUGGCAAUGCUAUGGGAAUUCUCACAGGUUUUCUUUCUGUCAAUACCCAUUUAUUAUUUCUAUAGCAGCAAAAAAAGUGAUUAUUCAAAGGGACUCAGAACAACAAAUGAUAAGUAUUGCACGGCAAAGCCUUGUGGAUAAAGUCUCUCGGAGACAGAAGCCUGACAUGAAUAUGUUAUUCCUAAAUGUGAAAGUGAGGAGGACACACCUUGUUAGUGACUCACUUGAUGAGCUAGCAAGGAAGAAGGCAGAUCUGAAAAAGAAGUUAAAAGUCACAUUUGUAGGGGAAGCUGGUCUUGAUAUGGGUGGCCUGACAAAAGAAUGGUUUCUUCUUCUGAUUCGACAGAUUUUUCACCCAGAUUAUGGCAUGUUCACCUACCACAAGGACUCGCAGUGCCAUUGGUUCAGCAGCUUUAAAUGCGACAACUAUUCGGAAUUCCGACUGGUUGGAGCCCUUAUGGGACUUGCUGUAUAUAACAGCAUCACCUUGGAUAUUCGUUUCCCACCUUGCUGUUACAAGAAAUUAUUAAGUCCUCCCAUUGUUCCCUGUGAUCAUAACACACUUGUAGGCAUCUGUGGUGUCACAUUAGAUGACCUGUUUCAGAUUAUGCCUGAAUUGGCACAUGGACUGAAUGAACUUCUAUCCUACGAAGGCAAUGUUGAAGAGGAUUUUUACUCAACCUUUCAGGUUUUUCAGGAAGAAUUUGGUGUUAUAAAAUCUUACAACUUAAAGCCAAAUGGAGAUAAAAUCCCAGUCACAAAUAGGAAUAGGAAAGAAUAUGUGCAGCUCUAUGUUGAUUUUCUUCUCAAUAGAUCGAUCUACAAACAAUUUGCAGCUUUCUAUUAUGGAUUUCAUAGUGUCUGUGCUUCAUAUGCAUUACUGCUGCUUCGUCCAGAGGAGGUUGAAAUUCUUGUCUGUGGCAGUCCUGAACUGGACAUGUCUGCUUUACAGAGAAGUACCCAGUAUGAGGGCUACCAAAAAACUGAUCUGACUAUACGAUACUUCUGGGAUGUAGUACUUGGAUUUUCCCUGGACCUUCAAAAGAAGCUGCUACAUUUUGCUACAGGAAGUGAUAGAGUACCUGUGGGAGGAAUGGCUGAUCUGAAUUUCAAGAUUUCAAAGAGUGAAACAUCAACUAAUUGGUUACCUGUGGCACAUACCUGCUUCAACCAGCUUUGUCUCCCUCCCUACAAGAACAAGAAGGAACUGAAGCAAAAGUUAAUAAUUGGAAUUUCAAAUGCAGAAGGGUUUGGUCUGGAAUAAGAUUAAAUACUCCAAGAACAGCAUUUUUAUGUAGCAUUCACUCUCUUCUGAUUGUGCCUUUAAGCUUUUCAUUGUUGUGUCUCUUGAUACUGUGCCAGUUUUAUUGCAUUUAGAUAAUUUUUUAAUUAAAUAUGACGUGUAUGGGUUUUUUUCCUGAAUGGCAAUAUAUUUGCUGCUUGCUUUGUCACAGAAAAUAGCUUUCUUUGUACAAAAAGCUCAUCUGUUUGAUAAAUGAAACCCAACUAAGACAAUUCCCAAGUUUUAGGUUUUUGUUAAUAGCACUUUAUGAUUAAUCAUGAUUCCUUUACAUCAAGGUAUCCCACUGGGAGGUAAUAUACAGAAUAUUUCUCUGUUGGUAAAUCCCAGUGGUAGAUUGUUUUCAAUUAAUAUUAAUAAUAGAAAAACUAUAACAUCAGCAUGUAGCCAUUUUUUUUUCACAAAGGCAAAUAGGAAUUUUAGUCUUUAUAAACUGUAUGUAGUUUUAUUCUGGUUUUCCUUCUCAGUGAAACCAGCUGUGUAAGAAGUAUGUAAAUAACUGCCUGUGAAGAAAUAGGGUUUUGAUAGUGCCAUUUACUGCUAAAAAAAUUAUUUUUUAUGACUAAGAGGUUUUAGAUGAUGUAUAUUCAGCUUUUACACUUGACUGUACAAGAGUGUUAAAAGGUAUUUUUUCAGCUUGAGGGGAUUCAAGUUCAAGCUACAGGUAUUAAGGAAUUUGUAUGUUCAUUCUUAACAGCACACUAGCCAGAUUUAUUGUAGCAUUAUAUUAAACAAAACUAGAUAUUUAAAAUCAACUCCACAUCUGGUGAAAUGCUUUAGGAAGAGAAUUAUAUCCACAACUGGUGGAAAACUGAUAUAGUGUAUCAUGCUAUCAUUUUUUGCAGCAGCUUUGUUGAAAGUCUUAAAUAAGCUGUGACAAAAGUGAAUACAAUAACAUUUCUGAAGAAUGUUCCAACACUCAUUAACAUGGAGACCAGCAUCUAAAAAGGUUUUGUGUUUUUCACUGCAAACUCCGUGAAAAUAAUUCUUGGUAUGUCUGCUCUGAGUUAGUAAAUUAGCAGCUGGGGAAGAAAUGGCACUAAAAUACUGAAAUAUUUGUAAGUCUGGGUUUUAUUCAUUAAGUGGAAAGAAUUUAUCAGCAUGCAGUAUAGUAUUUUUAAAUAUGAACAACUACUGUGUGUUCUGUAAAUUUUUCUUUCAGCUGAAUAAGGCCCAGAUCACUUGAGACACUUUGGCAUCUAAUUUGUCAGCUUUCCCCAUUGAUUUCUGCUGGGGCAUGGAUGCAUUACUAUCUUGUAGUGUCUGUACUCAAAUACUAUAUUAGUCUUCUUUCUUUCUUUCUCUGUAUUAUUUACAUACAAUCAACAGAUUUUCAAAUGAUGAACAAAUUAAUCUGUCUAAUUCAUGAUUUCAAAGUUGUUCUGGAUAUUCUUAAAUAGCUAAGUGUAAAUUUUAUUUUUUUAUUUCUCCUAGAAAAGUUACUGGUGAUUUUACUGUUCUAUUGAGGCAGAGAUAAGUAUUAGGAUCUUUUAGAAUAUUUGACACUGUAUUCAUAGUGCUGUCAUUGAAACCAGUAAUAAAAUUUCCAUUGGCUUUAGCCUGGAACUAUACUAGGUUAGCACAAAGAGUGCUAAAAGCAGCACUGAAAAAUUCUGCAUUUUUACAUUGUAUCUCCUUAAUGGAGAUUUUAAAAUUAAUUAUAACUUGCAGGAUUUCAGAUGUUGAGAAAUAAAUCAAGCUUUCACUGUUGCACUGAAUGAACUAGAUAGCUGCAAGCAAUGUUAAAUUUCUAACAACUGAAUAUGGAUGUAAGUAGAAACCUGGAAACAAAGACCUACUGCCUUUCCUCUCUUUGUAGAAUUGGAUUCAUGAAAGGUUGGCUUAUGAAUAAAUAGCUAUACUGUUUAUCUGAAAACAUGGCAAAUUAGCCAAAAUAUUUUUUUAAGGCUUAAACCCACUUUUAAUAACUAUUUAUCUACUAUUGUUAAGAUGAAAGCUUUAUCUUUUCUCCUUUUCACUGAACUGCACUUUGCCUUCUGUUUAGUUUUAUUUAUUGAAGCUUUUUUUGAGAUAAUGUGUAAUAUUACCUCAGAAUUCUAAAAACGCUAUUGUAUUUGCAUUAGUUUUUAAAUCAGAUUGUCAAAGACAUUUUAUAUAUUUCCUGAUGUUGAUAAAUUAAAUAGUAAAUUUUGUAUUUGUUAAAUGAAAGCAUUACACUGUAUUUAUGAAAUAAGCCUCUGAUAAUUUUAAAAAAUUUAUUCAGUGGUGUUUUGUUGUUCUUGUGUCUUGCCCUGUAACCCAGCAAAUCUUUUUUUAUCUCCAUCAUUGUUUUGUACUGUACAAAAGAAAUCUGGUUUGUAUAAACUUGUUCAUUACUAAGUAUCUAUUUUUAUGUAUUAAAAUUGUCCAGUCAUUAAAUCAAAUAUUUAAAAUGCUGA